CCUCUUUGUAUUUUUAUUUCAGAAUUUCAGACAAACUCACAUUCUCCGGUGUCUUAAAAAAGUACCUACAUACAACAGAAAGUAACCCAAUUCAUCGUCAGAGGUUAAAAGAAUACAUAUGUGACGACAUGGGCAAUGUGGAAGCCUAUAUGGAGUAUGACAGAAGCAGUCAACAAAGUAAAAAGUAUUACAAACUUGAUCUUGAUAAGCCUAUUGAAGAAAACUUAAAAGGGAAGUUGGUCAUUGAGUUUCCCACAGUUCAUGUGGUUCUGAAGGGUGAUGCAGACGUUUAUAAAACAAAAGUACUCACAGAAGAUAUCAAAAAUGAAGUCACAAACAUAAAUCACAUUAUCACCAGUCCAUCAAGAAAAGAAAGUGUGCAAAAUGAAACAAUGGAGGAUUCUAGUGAACAAGUAGAACUGGAGGAGGAAAGGGAAAAUGAUGAAGCAAAGGUGGAAACUGUUGAAGACCUAAGCAUCAUCGCAGAGCAAAGAGAACAAUAUAAUGAAUUGGUAGAAGACGUUCGGGUGGCACAUACUAACCAACACAGGUCAAAUGAACUGGAGGAGGGAGAAAUUAGUGACAACGAGGAAGUCAUAGAAGGAUAAAUAAUAUUUUAAUGCAGACCAAGAAUCAUUUUAAAGAUUGACCUAUGAACACAAAAAUUGUUUGACAUCAUCUCCGAGCACCCAUUUAUCUCUCAAUAGAUGCUGAGCUGACAGCGCCCUUGCAUUCAUUUCCCUAGCUUUUGACUGCAUAAAAAAUAGCAUUCAUAAAGACAGUGGAACGACCAUCAGCUUACGAAUUAUCUAUUUUUGAGACAACACGAUACCGUCUGCUGAUUGUGGGGAUUGUCAUUAAAAACGAUCCAUUUACCUGCCUCUUGAUCAGUGACGUAAUACAUACCCUUGUACGACCAAUCCAUUACUUGUCGGGUGCGGUGAGGGCCCGGCUUAACAGCUAUGAGCUUUCACCGACUAGAGCCAAGAACGCGGGAUAUUCUUCAGCAUUUUUCAUUUUGCCCCAAGUUGUCCAUUCAUGGAGCUGAACAAAAAAAAGCAUCAAAAGACGUUGAAGCGGACAGAGGGUUCUAUAGCCCCCAGGGUAGCAGGGCCCAGGCUUUUUUAGUUAGGCCACUAUCAGCAGCAGUAUACCAAGUUUUAUCUCCUUCAACAGUCGGCCGAUGCGGAUUGAAUUUUAAUAAAAAUCUGUUCAGACUUCCACCGCAACGUCUAGUGCUCACAGGGAUCGCAGUUAGAUUUGUUGUACGACGCAGUGAUGGCCCGGAUUUACUCUCAACAUUACUAUGCUUGGCCAAAGGCAACGAGCAAUACAGCCACACCUGGUAGUGCAUUGAAUGUAAAUUUUAACUUCGGAAUAUAUAAAAUGGUGAUUGAUUUAUAAAGCAAUUAGUUGAAUUUUAAGGCAGUGUUGGGAAAAGCAUCAUCGGAAGAGCCAUAUAUUAUUUGCAUUAAAAUUUUAAGACGAGAGUGAUAUCGUGAUAAGAAGUUAAAAGGUAACUUAAUCAAAUGCAUGAAUAAUUCUGUAUUUUCUAUACUGCAUUCUUUCAUAAAAUCCGAAAUUGUCUGGUAAACUGAUUUUCAUAAUGAAAUGGCUAGAAACAAAUUCUUACGAUCAUUGUUUUGUAUAUGAAUAAUUUGUUUGUGAGACUAGUGCAUGAAUUUAAAAACCAAAUAUUUCACUAAACAAUAUAAAACCAUUUUAUUGUAUUAUCACAAACUUCUAAUACUUUUUUUACAUGAGAAAGUGUGUGCAUUCUUAAAAUAUAAUUGCUAUUCAGGCAUGAUGUGCUAUUACUCAAAACCUAUGAUUUAACUAAUUUCAGUGUUAUACA